GGCCAGCGGCAGAGCAGGAGUCUAAGCUUUACUGGGUACUUGAGGCUUCCAUUCUUUUUAUCCUGGAGGUCACAAGGCUGCCAGGCCUGUUUUAGGUCAGCCGGGAUGACAAAAUUAAAAGUGUUCUGAAUUAAGAAAUCAUAAGAAACAAAGCAACUGGCCAGGAGAAGCAAGAACUAUUCCUGUGAUUUCCACAACUUUCUAAGUGGAAGAUCCACCUAUCUUCUGGAGAGGCCCCUAAACCCUGCUCAGGGAAGCUUCUUAUACCGCAGAGGGAGCCCAGCUUCAGAAGCGGUUUGGAGUAAGCUUACUUCCUCUCAGUGUGUCUCUAGGAACCUGGGAGUUCUCUGUGCCAGUGCAUGCAGGGAAGGAAAGGAAAGAGGAAGCUGCAGUCAGGGUGACAGGGAGCCAGGAAGAGGUGAUCAUCAGGGGACCUCGAGUUGGCUGCACUUCCGUCACCUCACUUCCACUGCUGCUCUGAGCCCCUGGAAGACAGGAAACCCUCGAGCUGACUGCAGGGACUAUCCUGCAACACACAGUUGACCGCAGGGACAGAAUCGGCAGAAACACAGAUUUACACAUAAAGCAGGACUUUCAGAAGUAUAUUUAUUACCCACUGAAUAAAGAAUUUGAGCUUCUGUUGAGGUUUUCGCACCACUCAGUUCUUAAUAGUAUCAAAAACUCCAAGCAAAGAUGGAAUCACUUCAGAAUCAAGGCCUCUGGUCCAAGAAAAGCAUCCUGAGGUUAUUGGAUCGCAUGCAGAACCAUCUCCUGUCCAAUGACAACCCAGUUUCACAAACAACCCCAUCACAUCUGGACUGGGAGAAAAUAGCUUUCCAAAACUUCUCUGGAGAAAUGUGCAAACUCAAAUGGACAGAGAUUUCUUCUAAGGUAGGGAACGUCCAGCCCCUGAAAGAAUCGGUGCUGGCAGCCAGAGAACUUACUCUAAAGCACCGCAGACAUCAGGAAUACAAGAAAUACCCAGACUUCCCCAAAAGGCCCUUGACUGCUUAUAUCCGAUUUUACAUGGAGCAGAGGACCUGCUACUCCCAAAAGCACCCUGAGCUCAAUAAUCAGGAGCUGACCAAGAACCUAGCUGAGAAGUAUGGGCGGCUCCCACAGGAGAUCAAGCAGAAAUACAUAGAGGCAUACCGGAAGGACAAACGGGACUAUGAAGAGAAACUGGUUCAAUUCAGGAAAAAGCACCCUGAUCCAGUUCAGAACUCCAAAACAUUGGGUGGACCCCAGAGACUCCACCAAACCAGCGCUCCAAAGAAAAUACAAGGAAAUGUGGAAAGAGGGAGGUCUCUGUCCAAAACAGAUGGAUUCUGCAAGAAAGAGAAAUUUCACACAGAGCCCAAGAAACCCCCCAUGAAUGGGUAUCACAAAUUUCACCAAGAUUCCUGGUCCAGUGAGGAGCUGAGCCAUUUGCCCCUGAGGGAGCGCCUGGUGGAGAUUGGCAGGCGCUGGCAGAGGGUGCCCCAGAGCUUGAAAGAACAGUAUAAGAAGCAGGCCGAGGAGCUCCAGCAACAGUACAGGCUGGAUCUGGAUCUCUGGCUCAGGACUUUGUCACCUGAGGAAUAUGCUGCAUAUAAAGAGAGAAGCUAUGGUAAAGGGAAGAUCAUGACUGUGGCGGGAGCCCCACACCCCAUUUUCGUAAAAGCAGACAGGCUGCGCUCACCAGCCAAGCCUCAGCCAGAAGGACUGGGAAAGGAGAAUGGGCUGCAGGCUCUGUGGGGAGAUCCCUCGGGUGCAAUUCCAGUCAGCUCUCCUUGCUCCCAGGAAUCAGAAAGGGAAAUGAAGGCAGAUGGGGAAGCGGAUGAAGGCAGCCACUCCUGGCACUCCAGCGGUGGAGAGGAACACCACCACAGCAGCUCAUCUUCUUUGGAGGAACCCGCGGCCAUGGAUAUCAUCUGACUUGUGAGGGAAUCCCCACCAAAAGCCAGGACACCAGGUCAAGGCUGCAAACUCCUCCCAAAACGAAGCUUUCUUCCUUGUUUUCACCUCUCUCUACUGCUUCCCUCUCAGGUCAGAGGAGCACAGGUGGGAAGGUGGGAAUAAUUUCUCCACAGAAUAGGAGCCAGGGAAGAAGUUGCUCCUCUGCAGAAAUGAGUCUGUAUUAGUGACGUUGCCUACAUUAUCCCCCAACACUGUGCCCAGUGUGUUCCUUAUUGAAGACUGUCAGGGAGGACACACGUGAUCAGGCUGUGGAAAGGUGGGCACAGCUGCCAAGAGUGAGUGUUUCUGAAGUUUUCCUCUGAAUUUCAGUUGUCCCGUGGUGGUUCAGGGCUACGCAGGGGCUUGUGCCUUUUGCCCUCCUCUGUGGAGUUUUUCCUCAGGACUCUUGUACUCAACGUUGGUGAGGAGUCUUUAAUGGGACACGGGUGGGUGAUUUAAGAAAAUCCACAAACUCCUAGCAUCUCUCCUGACUCUGUGAAGCUAGCAGUUGGCCAUCCCCUUCCUUGGGAGUGACCAGUUUUUGCAGUUGGCAGUUUUUCUGAAGGUACUCACCACUCUGUUUAUCUCUUGGUUUGCAAUGAGUCUUUUGUCCCUAUCUUCAAAAAUUGGAAAAUAAAGUUUUUAUA